CGCAAACGGGCCCCAGCGCGGGCGGGUGGGCGGAGCGGCCCCCCUAGCGGGGGCUGUGAAGCACGGGGAGGGGGCCGAGCGGGUGGCAAAGCCGGCGCGCGCCCGGCUGGGGGCGGAGGGCGGAGGCCCGCGGGACGGAACAGCCGCGGCAAGUGGUGGCGGCGGCGGCGAGAACCGAGCCGGUGACGAGCCCGGGGGUCGCGAUUGGAAGAAGCGGCGGCGGCGGCAUCGGCGACGGCGGGCCCGAAGUCGGGCGGAGAGCCGGGGCGCAAUGGAGCGGAAGAGGUGGGAGUGCCCGGCGCUCCCGCAGGGCUGGGAAAGGGAAGAAGUGCCCAGGAGGUCGGGGCUGUCGGCCGGCCACAGGGAUGUCUUUUACUAUAGCCCCAGUGGGAAGAAGUUUCGCAGCAAGCCCCAGCUGGCACGUUACCUGGGGGGCUCCAUGGACCUCAGCACCUUCGACUUCCGCACCGGAAAGAUGUUGAUGAACAAGAUGACUAAGAGCCGCCAGCGUGUGCGCUACGAUUCCUCCAACCAGGUCAAGGGCAAGCCUGACCUGAACACCGCACUGCCUGUCCGGCAGACCGCAUCCAUCUUCAAGCAACCGGUGACCAAGAUCACCAACCACCCCAGCAACAAGGUCAAGAGCGACCCGCAGAAGGCAGUGGACCAGCCGAGGCAGCUUUUCUGGGAGAAGAAGCUGAGUGGAUUGAGUGCCUUUGACAUUGCCGAAGAACUGGUCAGAACCAUGGACUUGCCCAAGGGCCUGCAGGGGGUGGGCCCCGGCUGCACAGAUGAGACGCUGCUGUCGGCCAUCGCCAGUGCACUGCACACCAGCACCCUCCCCAUCACAGGGCAGCUCUCUGCAGCUGUGGAGAAGAACCCUGGUGUGUGGCUGAACACUGCACAGCCACUGUGCAAAGCCUUCAUGGUGACAGACGAUGACAUCAGGAAGCAGGAGGAGCUGGUGCAGCAGGUGCGCAAGCGCCUGGAGGAGGCGCUGAUGGCCGACAUGCUGGCACACGUGCAGGAGCUCGCCCGGGAUGGGGAGGCACCGCUGGACAAGGCCUGCGCUGAAGACGAGGAGGAGGAGGAGCCGGAGCCAGAGCGUGUGCAUCCUGCCCACGUCUGGGCUGCAGACCCCCUCCCAGGGCUGCCCACCGACUUCCUUCAGCCUUGCCUGGACUAGGUGGGGCCAGGCCGGCAGGAGGGAUAUCAGCUCCUUCCCAAGGCUUCCUGCUCCCAGGUCUCAGUGCAGGGAGCCCUGUGCACCUUGAACUCCUGUGUCCCUGCGCGCCUGGCAGGAAGCCUCCCACGGAAUCCUGAAGAGCGGUGACCCAGCUGAGAGGCCAUCGGACAGUCACCUCCCUGCCUCCUCACCGGAGGUCGAGGCCCCGCCUGGCACCAAGGAGCUGGGAGCCUUGGGCGCUGGAGGAAGUGUCUGGAGACACACCUGGCUACGCCUACCCUGCAGUGUCCCUAAGGCUGUUACGGGCCAGGGUCUGGACUGCUCCUGCCCACAGGGCUGCUCAGCCUCCCACGCUGAGGGCCAGCAGCCCACCAGGAAGUCAAUUUCCUUCAAUAAACUGAUGGUAGGAACUCUUGA